AUGUCAAAUCAACAAUAUUCACUUAAUAAUGCAUUUCAAAACUAUCAAAGACAAAUUUCUUCACAAAACCAAAACACUUCAGAACAAAUAUCAUCUCAAUCUUCGACUUAUACCAAUCAAAUGGCUAAUAGCAAUAUUAAUUUAAUGAAAACAUUUGUGCCUCAAACUCAAAGUAGUGUUGAGAAUAAUGAUAGCAAUAUUUCCCAAGUUAUAAAGUACUUGAGGAAGAAUGGUUAUUUUGAAACAGUUGACACUUUACUAUUUGAAAUGGCUGAAAAUGAUAGAAAAUCAAAGAGAGGCUCUCUUGAAAGCGAGAUGACUGAUUCUGAGGUUGAAAAUUUAAUUAAUUUCACUAAAAAAAUUGAUAAAAUUGGCACUCAAGUCAUUUCUGAAAAAUAUUCAAAGUUCAGAAAUUGGGUUCUAAACUCGCUAUCCUCUGUUCGUGAGGAGCUUAUUUCUGUUUGUUUCGUUGUUUUUAUGAAUAUAUGCUCUAUUUUAUAUAAGAAUUCAUCUGACGAACAGUACAACGACUUCUUAAAUAAGUUUGCAGAUGAUUUCUCAUUUUCCAAAUAUAGAGAAAUCAUUAAAUCAUUAAAAAAUUCUAAUAAUUUAGGACAAUUAAGAAACUCAGAAUUAUUGAAACCAUUCUUUGGAUCCAGAUUUCAUAUUAUUCUAAACCCAUUAUCUAUUUCAUCAUUGAAUAAUUUCCUAAUUUCUUGCUGCGAUACCCUAAUUUCCGGAAUUAUGCAAGAGAAAUUGACCAUUCAUGUUUUAGACAAUAAUUCACAUAAUGGUAACGUUGCAUCUACUAGUGGAGCUGACGAUUUAGAUUGUUUGAAAGAAAUCAGAAAUUUUCAGAUUGGAGAGCUUUAUUCAGAAAAUUCUCUCUUAAUUGAAUUUAACUCGAAAAAUAACCAAAAAGUUAAUGCUUGUAAUGACAUUUCCGUAAUUACAAAAGAUACGCCAAAAGUUCUUGAAACUGAUAUGUCAGGUAAAGGUUAUUCACAAGAUAAUUCUAUUAUUAAUUGGGGACUUCCUCCUGAGAAUUAUAGUGGAAUCAUUUCAAAAGAAAAUGAAGUAAAAAAAUCUAAAUUUAAUCGAUUUGAUAACGAAAUCACAGAAGAAAUCAAGAAUACAAUCGAAAUAGACUUCAAUCCUAUAAAUGAUUUGAACAAUUCAUUUACAUUUAGGUAUAAAAAACAUUUAUACGAAGAAAUAUCAAAUAGAAAGUUUGUUGAUUCUACCCAUCUUCCCUCUAUUAUUUGCAGUAGUUUGGAAUGUCCAAACAAGAAUGAAAUUAUUGACAUGAACAUUUCACAUAACCAUGAAUUUGGCGCGUUUUGUACUGAUGAUGGCUGCAUACAAAUUUUUGACAUAGAAAAUCAGAAGUCAAAAAUUGAGCCCGUGUGGAUCCACAGAAAUAGAGUACAGUGCAUAAGGUUUCACCCAUGGAGUCAAGAAUUUUUGUUAUCCGGCGGAAUUGAUAGCAUUAUUAAACUUUCAAUUAUUACUAAGGAUCAAGAAGAACCAACAUUAAAUCAGCUGGUUACAUUCACGGGGCACUCAACAAAUUCUUGCAUUUGGGAUCUCGGUUGGGACGAGUAUGGAAUUUCUUUUAUUAGUGGUUCAAGCGACCGAACUGCAAGGUUAUGGUGUACAUCAAGAACUUACCCAAUUCGCAUAUUUACAGGACAUUUAGGAGAUGUUAGAUCAGUCUCAAUACAUCCUAAUUCUUCUAUGACUGUAACUGGCGGUAGCGAUAAUCAAAUUAUUAUUUGGGAUGUGCGUACAGGAAAGAAGGAAGGUGUAAUUCACAAUCAAAAAGUUAUGUCCGGAAUUAUUAAUCAGGUUAAAUUUAGCCACAAUGGAUAUUUGCUAGCAUCUUCUUCAAUUCGAAAUCAAAUAUCCCAUUUUUAUUCACAAAGCCAGUUAACAUUGCCAAUUUGGGAUAUUCGUAAAUUAUGUAAUUCCAAUAGAGCUACUAAAUUUUACCAGUUGUGUAAAUUCCCAAAUGAGGUUUUAGACUGUAAAGAACAAAUUUUUGUUAAAUCACUUGACUUUUCUUUUGGAAGUCGUAUUAUAGCAUCUUCAACCAAUAAUGGUAUAGUUUCUAUUUGGGACACAAAUGUAGAGACAAGUUUUAAUCAAGUGGACAAUUCAAACUCAGAAAUAAAUUCUUUACAGAUAUAUAAAUUAAAGAACUCGAGUACAAAAAAUCUCAAAUUUUUAUCUAGAAACCUACUUUCCGUUUCAUCUGUAAAUUUAUAG